AUGUCGUCAUGUAUAAUUCUGAAGGCCGCCAAACUCGUCGCAACGCUGAUUUUCCAUUCGACCGUUCUUUUCUUCGCCUCCAUCGUUUUUGUUUAUUUUCUGAUUUCUGGGAGUGAAAAAUCGAAAGAAAGAAAAGAAAAGGAGCUAGAUUCUGAUAAGCAAGCUCCGAAAGCAAUUUCGUAAGAAUUGAUAAAAUAAAAUGUAAUGAAUCGUGCUGUCAAUUUCAGAUAUCAGCUCGUCAAGUACACCGGAGCAUCCCAUGAUUUCAAUGUGAGCUUCGCCGGGAAAUUUGUUCAAUUUUCCGUCUCGUCCGGUGAAAUUCUGAAGCUGCGCCAAAUACAAAAUGAGCCGAACUUCCUUCGAAAUCCCCAACUCGGCCCGUGGAACCGCUUAACAAGCUCGGAUAAAAACUCUUCCCCCAAAAAGAAGUUCGCUCCAGUGAUAAUCUCACUACAAGAAAACAUGUGGCUUCAGAAAGUGUUUCAAAAUGACAGCCUCGACUAAUCAAAGAAAAAAUUACUAA